AGAGGAAAAGGAACAAAGAUAGAGAAGAAUAGAGAUAGAUAUGUAUUCACCCUCAAUACUGCGUCGUUUCUUCUGCAUCAAUGCAGCAGCAUCUUCAUCAGUAGCACCUACUUCUUCUUCUUCUAUUACUUCAAAGAAAAAGUCACUUGUCUUCUUGGGUUCGCCUCAGGUCUCUGCUACAGUUCUCGAUGCUCUCUUCAAUGCCUCUGCUUCACCAAGUUCUUCUUUUGAGAUUGCAGCUAUUGUUACCCAGCCUCCUUCUAGAAGAGAUAGGGGCAGAAAGAUGAUGCCUUCACCAGUAGCUCAGUAUGCUCUUGUUAGAGGCUUUCCUUCUGACCUCAUCUUCACACCUGAACGUGCUGGAGAGGAGACCUUCUUGUCCAGUUUAAGAGAUUUGCAGCCUGAACUUUGCAUUACAGCAGCAUAUGGGAAUAUUUUACCCACCAAGUUUCUCAACAUUCCAUCAUUAGGAACAGUCAACAUACACCCAAGUCUACUGCCAUUGUACCGUGGUGCUGCUCCUGUUCAAAGAGCACUUCAGGAUGGUGUUAAAGAGACAGGAGUCUCAUUAGCAUUUACUGUACGUGCCUUAGAUGCUGGACCUGUCAUUGCCCGGGAGAAAGUCGAAGUUGAUGACCAAAUUAAAGCACCAGAUCUUCUAGCAUUACUAUUUUCUGAAGGGUCUAAACUUCUUGUACACAAACUUCCUUCCAUAUUUGACGGAUCUGCUAAAGUGAAUGCAGAACCUCAAGAUGAUUCUAAAGUUACCUUGGCUCCAAAGAUAAGUCCAGAAGAAUCUUGGCUAUCCUUUGAUGAAGAAGCUUUAGUUCUACAUAAUAAGGUUCGUGCAUUUGCAGGUUGGCCAGGAACCCGAGCUAAAGUUUUAGUUGUUGACGACAAAAGUAGCAACCAUAAUACCCUGGAACUUAAAAUCAUCACCACAAGAGUAGGGCCUGAUUAUAAAAUUCAGGGAAAUGAUGUAAAUGACAUUACUUCCGUCGAUGAUGCAUUGGUGUUUCCCUGUGGAGGCCGUACUACUCUUGAGGUAUUGGAGGUUCAACUUCCUGGUAAGAAGGUGACAACUGCAGCAGCCUUUUGGAAUGGUUUACGUGGUCAGAAACUGAAGAUACUAUAACUGAGGAGCCAUUUUGUUUGCAUUUCAUUCAUACAUAAAAUAGUUCUUUCAAGCAAACUCCUUGUUUUUUUUGUUGGAACAUUUAAGCAAAC